ACCAUACUCUCCAAUCACCGCACAACACCUUCAACCUCUGCUUUUGCACUCUCUCUCUCUUCCCAUCUGCUCUAUCUACAUAAAUUUUCUCUUUCUUUGAUUUUUCUUUUUAAAAUUUUUUUUUGGGUGAGAUUUAGAUUCAUUCCUUGAAGCUCACUAGCUUGCUUUUUGAGCUUGUAAUAUUUAUUAUUAUUAUUAUUUUCCUUUUUACAUUCACAGCUAUCAAUAAACACUUUUAUUUUGUUUCCUCUUUCUUUCUUCUCUUUUCUUUGUUGCCAAGGCCUCAAGGAAAAAAAGGAAGAAAGAAGAGAUCUUUUCCCAGCUUUUUGUCACUGCUUCAAAAAUUCCUCGAAAUUCAGAGCCUUCACACUGUUUUUCCGUAUCGGGUUUUUAGUUUUUUUUCUUCUUUCUAUUUACAGCCUUUUUGGUGUCCUAUUCAGUUUCCUUUCCUUUCCUAAUUGGGAUAUUAUAAGAGGUUAAGCUGCACAUUUGAAGUGUUAAUUCUUACUUAUACAAUUUCCUCAAAGAAAAGGUUUUAAGGAGGUUUUUACUUCAUUUUGUGUAUAAAUUUGCUUCUGUGUCUCUUGCUCUUGCUUGUUCACUCAUCCUUUGUUCUAUCUAUUCAAUUUUCUUGAGACUUUAGAUAGGGAUAAUAGAUCUCAGAAAAAGUGGUUGUCUAGGGUUGUUGUAUCUUUGUAGCUAUUGGACUAUUUUAAAGCUAUAAUUUAGAUUUUUGGAUACAUAUUAUUUGAUUUUUGGAAAGGUGGGUCUUUUCUAGAUUCCUCAGGCUAUGCCCUAUACAAUUAAAAAAAAAAAAAAAAAGGAAGGUAUUCUGAUUCCUUUCAAAAAAUUCUUCUUUGAUUUAACACUGAUAUUAUUGUGGUGAAACCUCCACCUCUGGCAUUUCUUCCACCAAGCGGUUCUUCAACCUCUAGCUCUGUUUUUCUCCCCUGUUUCAUCACCGGCUUUGAAUAUCAGAAAACUGGGAUUUGUAAAUUUGAUGUGUUGAUGGCAAUUCUAUCGCCAGCAUCUUAUUUCUCGAACUCGAAUUGGCUUUUCGAAGAGAGCAAGAACACGAAAUGGACUCCGGCGGAGAACAAACUGUUUGAGAAUGCUCUGGCAGUGUUCGAUAAGGACACCCCGGAUCGGUGGCACAAGGUGGCUGAGAUGAUACCUGGGAAGACAGUUGGGGAUGUGAUAAAGCAGUACAAGGAGCUAGAAGACGAUGUAAGCAAUAUAGAAGCAGGGCUUAUCCCAAUUCCUGGAUAUACCACCUCAACAUUCACAUUGGACUGGGUGAAUAGUCAUGGCUUUGAUGGUCUGAAACAACCUUAUGCUAUUGGUGGCAAGAGAUCUUCAUCAAAUCGGCCUGCUGAUCAAGAAAGGAAGAAAGGGGUUCCAUGGACUGAGGAAGAACAUAAGUUGUUUCUCAUGGGUCUUAAAAAGUAUGGCAAAGGGGAUUGGAGGAACAUCUCUCGCAAUUUCGUGGUAACUCGAACACCGACUCAAGUGGCCAGCCAUGCUCAGAAGUAUUUUAUCAGGCAAUUAUCAGGAGGGAAAGAUAAGAGAAGAGCCAGCAUCCAUGACAUAACCACUGUGAAUCUCAAUGACACUAGAACUCCAUCCCCUGAUAGUAAAGGGCCUCCUUCUCCGGACCAAUCUUCCCUGCUGUGUCAGCAAUCAAAUUCUGCUUCGAUACCAAGGAGAUCAUUUCAAUGGAUUCAGCCAAGUAGUGGUGGUGGAGCAAACAUGGGUUUCAAUCCAACAAAUGGAAAUAUUUUUGUCUCCAAUCCUUAUGGGAUCAACUCCUAUGGAAUUAAAAUAGAAGGGCAGAAUCUCCAUAGAGGUGCUGUUCAUGACUCUUACUUUGGACAUCAAAAUAUGGUUUUUCAGAUGCAAGCAGCACAGCACUACCCACAUGGAUAGUAUAGCAGUUGUCAUGAAGUCUCAGCGGCUUGAUUUGCCUUUUUUUUUUUUUUUUGGUUUCCCCCUUGUUCACUAGUAUAGCUAUGUUUGUGUUUUUCGCCUUUUUCUUUUUUUUUUUUAAACUUCUCCUGGUUUCCAUGUGAAUAUGUCAUCUAGAACUUUGAGUUUAGUCCAGUAGUCUAAACUUUUGAGGGAGCAGGAUUGUAGUAUUUCCUUGGGAAUUGCAAGUUCUGAAAAUGGGAAGGCUUCUCAAAACAA